AUGGCAACUUGUGAUACGUUUGCAGACGUUCUGUCUCUACUAGAAUUGGAAAGUUACUGGCCAUGUAAAAUUUCCUUACGACAUGUUUUUGCGGCAAACUUGAAUAAAACGUUAGAACUUAAAGACAUUAAAUGGCAUAUAUUGAAUAAAAUUAUCAGUGUCGAUUUAAGAGCUAGAGAUGAAGUAUUAUCAACUAUUUUAGAAAUGAUCAAUAACCAAGUUAAACAGACUGACACAAAGACAAAACUAAACCAGCCCAAGGAAAAUGAAACUAAAAGAAAACAAAGGCGUCAACGAAAAUUAUCGUUAUUUCACCCACAAGAUGUUUUGAAUGCUAUUUAUGUGUGCUGCUCUCCUUUUCUGAAACAAAUUAUAGUUUCGAAGCUGUUUUUGUGUAGAAUUGCUGUUCCUGUCAUAAUUCAAUCCAAACAGAUAACUGCAGGUUUCUUUUGGCCCUUCGACUUUGUUGCAACAGAAGGCACAAAAAGCACUGGAAAAUGUAUCGAAGGAUUUUUGUCAGAUCAGGAUAUACAAAUUGUAUCAUUCAUCAGGCUACACAGAACAAAUUUUUCAAAAUCAGAUUUCUUAAAUAACGUGCUAUCAAAAGAUCCAUUUUUUCAUACGUUUUACUCUAGAAAUAGCCCGUUAGGAACUAAUUCAAAAAGAAUAUUAGAAGGAACAGUGGAAGCAUCACAAUUCGUUCCUUUUGGGAAGAAAAAAACUGACAAUUUUGAUGAUGUAGUUCUUUUUCUUAAUUUGCGAGGAGAUGCCCAGGAAUAUCCAUUGCUUGUAGAUGUGAUUAAAUCAGUAUCAAAUGUUGUAGUUGUUCUGCUACAAACCAUGGAACUUCUAAACGAUGACAAAGCUCUUGAAUUUGUAACGUCUAUAUACAACACGUCUGCUUCGAUAAUCGUUGCAUUAGAAUCAUCAUCUGAUAGUAAGAGCUAUGAUGAAGAAGAUGAACUUAUUGAAAAGUUAGCAACCACGGCUAAAAACGCAAAAUGCGAAUUCCAUUGUAUUGAAUUAAAAGCAGACGGAAACUUUAGAGGUAUGGACGAAAUUGUUAAAGAAACAAAAUCGGAUAUUUUGAGGUGUCUCGCAAAUACCAAAUACAUACGAUUAUCUACAUUUUCUAGCGUUGUAGAAAAAUCAGGAUUACCUUGCGAUUUUGCAUCAACAGAAUGCAUUUCUGGAUGCCAAAAUGCCGAAAAACUGUAUUGUCUGAUUGAUGCAAAAUCUACACCUAUCCAACAACUGUGGAUCAAACUGUCUCAAUUGAAGAAGAAAAAAUAUAGAGAGAGAGAUCUUCAAACAAAACGUGAUAUUGAGAAGCAAAUACAUCAAACUCGUACCGAACAACAAAACCAUAUAUCAAAUAUUCCCAAAAUGUCUCUUGCAAUGCUACAGAACCUGUUCGAAUUAAAGGACUCCCCUCACAGGUUAAUGUUUUUUCUCAAACAUUUGAAACUUCUUCUCGAUAAAAGAUCAAAAAAGAUUUUACCCAAUUUGCUAACUAUGUAUAAUGAUUUGAGUAUUGGUAGCAAGAAAGAGGGAAGUAACAAUGAUCAGUUAGAACUUCAGAUAAAAAGGAUUAAGAUCGAAAUAGAAGAAGCUUCAUUUGGUGUAGAACAUUUGAUGAGAGAGGUUGCGCAGAUAUUUGAAGCAUUUACCUAUGCCCCAGAGAUAAAAAGGUAUAAUGUUAAUGUUUUAAAGUAUGUUGAAAACUGUCCAAGUAUUGCUGCUAAUCUUCUCAUCGAAGGAUAUCCACUAGAAGUGAUGGAUGGUGCGGCUUCAGAUGUUCCGAUGGUAUGGAUAAAAGAAGUAUUUAGGUGUUUGGAAAGUAAAAUUGGAUCCACUACAAAACUUCUUACACUGUCCAUAAUGGGAAUACAAAGUUCAGGCAAAUCUACGCUAUUAAAUGCGAUGUUUGGUCUUCAGUUAGCAGUAAGCACUGGUAGAUGUACAAAGGGAGUUUUCCUUCAGCUGAUACCUAUGCCAAAAGACCAGUUUCCUUUUCAGUAUGUAUUAGUUUUUGAUACAGAAGGACUGCGGUCAAAUGAGAGCAGAGAAUCAAUGGUAACACAUGAACAUGAUAACCAACUAGCAACAUUUGUGGUAGGUGUAGGGGACAUUACAUUGAUAAAUAUAAGAGGAGAAAACCUGACUGAAGUAAGUGAUAUUCUGGAAAUAGUAGUUCAUGCUUGUAUUCGAAUGAAAAAGGUUCAUGAACAUUUUGAACUUAAGCAGUCUUGUAUCUUCGUUCAUCAGGAUGUAGCAGACACUAAUGCAAGUAAUUUGUUACCAGGUACACUAAAAUUGGUAAAAUGUCUUAACGAAAUUACCAAUGAGGCUGCUGAUCAAGAGAAUUUGCCAAAUUGUCAUUCUUUUGAAAAAAUAAUACAUUUUAAUCAUGAAAAACAUGUUUUCUACUUUCCUAACUUAUGGCGAGGAACUCCACCAUUGUGUGCAAUUAACACUGACUAUAGCGAGAAAGUUGACCGUUUAAAAAAGUUUAUCAUGUCUGACAUCAGUGAGCGUAGAAAAACAUAUUUUAGCGUGCAAGACAUAUGUCUAAAAGUUAACGAUUUAUGGAAAGCAAUUCUGUCAGAAGAUUUCGUUUUCAGUUUUCGGAAUGGAAUUGAAUUGAAAGCUGAACGAAUGGCCGAAUCAAAGUUUUUUGAUUUACAUCGAAAAUUGGAAAAGACAGUCUCUCAGUUCCUUUUAAUGGACGCAGAAUCAGCAUUUGGGAAUUGUGAAAAAGAGGAAGACCUUGAACAAGUGAAAUCUGCAAUAGAAGAUAAUUUGACCGAAAAAAUUGCAACUAGUUUUGAAAAUCUACAAAGGGAAUGGACUGAUUUCAUAGAAGAUGCACCUUUAAGAGAUAUCAUGAUACAAUGGAAAGAGAAUCGACUGAAACAGCUUAAAAUAUACAAAAAUGAACAGCAAUCGUUCGCCUGGAAGGAAUUAGACAUGAUUGAAAGUAGGAUAAGACUAGAGAUUCGACAAAGGAUCAUAUUGACACCAAAAGAGAAGGAAGAAUGGAAGUAUCACGCAAAUAAUAUUGUAGAAAAAUGCAUUGAACAUCCGCUUGAUGAUGACAUACAAAUAGCCUUUGAAAAGUUAUGGUCAGCCAACCUAAGACAAUUUCAUAUAGAAACCAAUGUAGAAGCACUAUCAAUUGAUGAUGAAAUUAGGAAAAUCGUUUUUCAACUUUUCCAAAACGACACGCUAUACCUUAAAACUGAACUAGCAAACUUUGAACGGCAUCGAACGGUUGACGAAUUUAAAGAAACUACUUACCGGUUUAUGAAAGGAUGCAUCAAUGAAAUGGAUAUAACAGAAAGACAUGUAUCUGGAAAAAGAUUAAACGCAGAGAGAAAAAUAGCACUUACGAUGGCAAAUGAUUUAAAAAAGAGAUAUGAACAGGGGAAGAAAAGACAACUUGAUUUAGAAAUUCAAGCAGAUAAGAAAAAAAGGGAAGAAGAGGAGAGAAAAUUUAAAGAAGAACAGGAUAAACGAAAUCAGGUAAUUCAAGAUAAAAAAACAGCUUUACGUAUUGUAGAUAUCAUAAAAAAGGCUAUCCUUUCACGUGUAACCCAUUAUAUUCAGGACGAACUAGUCAGCGAAAUAUUGAAAAUGUUUGAUUCUUCAAAACGCAAUCUUAUCAAAACUGUAAUGGAAAGACUAGCUCGGAAAGACAACUUCCAUAAUUUUUUAGCUUACAUACACAACCCAACAUCCUACGUUAACAGGUUUAUUGAGAUAUAUACUGACGAAAAAUUGUUUGAAGACGGAAAACUAUAUUUAGAAUGUGCUAUAAAGCAAGUAGGUUUAUUCAUAAGUUCCACAAAAAAGGCUAUAGAAAUUGUAAAAGAUGACCCUAUUUCUGACAUGGAAGCCUGGUCAAAACGACUAUGUUUGAAAAGUGGUUUUAUAAAUAUAACAGAUCUCAAUUUCGUGCGCCAUAUACAUGUCAGUAAUUUUGAAAUUUUGACAAAUUUCAUUAAUGAUUAUUUGAUAGAUACGGAAAAAUCUUGUUUUGUUCAUUUCAGAGGUAUUUCACGAUUUUCCGUUAACUGGAAUAACCCCAAGCCUUACCAGAAAAUUUUUGACCGUCUCUGGGGUUGUGAAAAACAAUGUCCGUUUUGUUCUGAGCCGUGCGAAAAAACAACAAAAUAUCAUCAAAAUUGUCAUACGUGUUUCAAACAUAAGUUUAAUGGUGUAUCUGGGUGGCAUUGGGAAAGUACGGAUAUUUUAUGUAUAGACACUUGUGAUGCUAAUGUUGCUUCUGAUUUAAGUUUUUAUUGCAACAAGUAUGGAUUUAGUUGUACAGAGGAUAAACAUCACAAUUUACACAAGUAUCGUAAUUACAAAACAUUUGAUCCAACCUGGAAGAUAGAGAGCGAUGACGACUUAUCGUCUAGUAGAUAUUGGAUUUGGUAUAUAUGCAGGUUUGAAGAAGAAAUCAAAAGCAGAUACAACGUGAAGUAUCCGGAAUUACCAUUUCAUUGGAGAAUGAUAACCUUGAACGAGGCAAUACAAUCUUUGAAUUACUAUUAA